AUGUCUAAACCAAAUGUUCUUGUUAUAGGUAUGGGCGGUGUAGGUACCGUGGCUGCUUUAACAUUAGAGAAAAAUGGCGCUGUUGAAGUUUCUGUAAUCAUUAGAAAUCAGGAUGAAGAAUUCCAGAAGGAAGGGUUUACUGUUGAUUCAGUGGUUUUUGGUGAUAUCAAGUACAAACCUCAAAGCAUCUUUAAAUCCAUUGAAGAAGCUGCUAGUUCAGGUAAGUUAUUUGAUUAUAUCGUUGUUUGUACCAAGAACUUACCUGAUUCCAACCAUCCUGUUGUAAAAUUGAUCCAACCUGUAGUUUCAGAUCAAUCAACUAUUAUCUUGACUCAAAAUGGUUUAGAUAUCGAAGUACCUAUCCUCGAGAAAUUCCCUAAUAAUUUGGUCAUCAGUGGUAUUGAAUUGGUGGGAUCUUCAAAAUAUGGUAAUACUGUUACUCAAGUCUCAGUAGAUGAAGUUCAUCUUGGUAUAUUCAAGAAAAACAAUAUCCCUAUGGAUAUAGCUAAAGACAAAUUGAUGACUUAUAUCAAAGCUUAUGAAAGAGAUGAUAACGUCGUAGUUAUUGAUGAAGACGUAGAGUUAAACAGAUGGUACAAAUUAUGUUAUAAUGCUGUCUUUAACACUACUUGUGCUAUCUUGGAUUCUGAUGUUUCAAGAGUUCAUAUUGCUCGUGGUAAUAAGAUCUUCAAUAAGAUUUUGAACGAAAUUGUUAAAAUCGCCGAUAGUGAAGGAUACAAAUUAGAAAAGGACAGAGUUGAUUAUAUCUUCCAUAAAAGUGAUGGAUUAUUCUACCAUCCUUCAAUGCAAAUUGAUAAGGAGAAAAAUCAAUUGAUGGAAAUAGAAGUGAUUGUAGGUAAUCCAUUAAGAAUCGCUGAAAAGAACGGAAUCGAAACUCCGUACUUAUCAAUGGUUUAUGACUUAUUGAAGGUAUUACAAUUCCGUAUUAAGGAAAAGCUUGGUCAUUUCAACAUCAAUGAAUCUGACUUUAGAUACGUUAGACCAGAUGAUGCUCCUGAAUAUUUCCUUCAACAAUAUUAA